GAAUCGAUGUUCCACGACAUGUUGAAUGAAGAUCCAAUUCCAACCUCAAUGAAACUUGUGAGUGUUCUGAGUGAUCGAAGUAAAAUGUUGAAUCUGUCAGAUGUCAUCGAAUAUCUCUUUACUAGUGACGAAUAAGAAUAAUAAUCUUCAUUUGAUUGAUCGAAAACGUUGAGGCAACAAAUAUAUUCUGUCAAAAUCAACUAAAAAGUAAUUUUAUUAAAACUAGUAAAAGUGACGUAGAGUUGUAAUGAUUGAAAGCAAGUUUGCAAAGCAACUACCAAUCUUUAGAAAUGAAUUGCAAUGGGGGGUUGUCCGUGGAUGGUGAACGUAAGACAAAUUUCUUUAUGGAUUCGAAGCCAAUUAUCACAUAUGCAGGAGAUGAAAAAUUAUUCUCUACAGUGGAAAAUGGUUUGGUCCAAGGAAUACCCGCAGAGACAGUUGAAUGGCGAAGAUCGUUUGGUAGACCAAUCAAGCAGGUCAAACUUGGGGCAAAUUUUGUGUCAUUUUCCAAGGAUAUUCUUCCAUCUAAGAAGGAUUGUCAUCUGAUAAAACAACCAAUAUUUCAUAUUUAUUGGAGCGAAUGUUCUGAUGUAGAUACUUAUAAAACCAAUAUUAGAGAUGACAUAGAUAAUUGGUUGAAAACGUUAACACAGUAUCAUAUACAAGACUGGAUGAUUGUUUUAGUAGAGACAUAUGAUAUAAAGAAAACUAAUAAACUGUUACCAAGGACAACUGUCUUAGACAAAAUUCGCAGUGAUUUUGCUUCUAAAAACGGAGACAGAUGUUUUUCUGUAAUAAAUUCUGUCAAAUCAGAGAUGCGUUCAGCUGAAUCAUGGAGAGGUUUAAUUAAUCGCAUACGUCAAUUAAUGCUUAUAGCAUAUGACAAAACAUUGUCUGCUUUCGAAGAUGUGAUUAGAGAACAACGAGAAAACAGGAAUCAUCCAACUUGGAAUUUUUGUCACUAUUUUUUAUUACAGGAAGAACUUGCAUUUGUUCUACAAAUGUUAGGCUUAUACGAUGAAGCAUUAGUACAAUAUGAUGAAUUAGAUGCUCUCUUUACACAAUUUGUGCUUAAUUCGAAUGUUGGAGACACUCCCCAUUGGUUAAAUUUGUUUCAAACUCCUUUAAAUAAUUGGGGAGGUGUUAAUUUAAGUAAUGGUACAAAUCAUGAUUUAAGAUACCUUCUGGCUGAGUGUAAAGCAUCGUUAUUAGAUCUUAGAAGUUAUUUAUUUAGUAGACAAUGUGCCAUGUUAUUAGCGUUUAAUAAACCAUGGGAGGUUGCGCAAAGGUGCUUGUCAUUUGUACAUAACACAUUAAGUGAAUUACGAAUCUUAGAAGUUCAACGUCCUGAAGGAUCCAUUGAGUGUUGGUCUUUCCUUUGUGCAUUGGAAGUACUGCAAGCCUGCCAAUUAUCAACUUAUAAUAUUGAUAAUAAUCAACAAUUAGAUCUAUGCUCCCUUCAUACAGCCAGUCUAUGGGCUCUUGCCAGAGACAAAUUAGGAAGUUUAGGAAAAUUAUGUGGUUUAAUGCCUGGAAAUGAACCCUCUAGCGAACAAUUGCACACAGUUGUCUAUCUUAUAGCUGGGAUGGGCGAUUCUGAACCACAAGUAGAAGGAAAAUUAACACCAACUGAUAAAUUGAAGGAAGCACUUUCUUCAAAAGAAGCUUUCAAGAAACAAUAUCUUGAACAUGCAGAAUUAGCAAUGGGUACUUACAAACAUGUAGGGCGCAUUCGAUCAGCGAGAUUAAUAGGGACAGAGUUAGCACAAUUUUAUUGCGAACUUGGAGAGAAUCAAAAAGCUGUAGCAUUUUUGUUGGAUGCUUUAAAAACUUAUACUGAUGAAGGUUGGAGUCGUUUAGCAGCACAUACUCAACUAGAAUUGGCGCAGUGCUACAAAAGAAUGGACGAUGUUGAAAAGUACACAAAAAUUAGUGGAGCAAUUGCUAGUUUGGAUGUGCUGCAUAUUACUGUUCGUAAUACAUAUUUUGAAGAAAUGUUUGGUUACAUGAAAAUGAUUGCUUCCCCUCAGCCAUUACUCAUAGAACUUGGAUAUGCUUUCGUAAUACUCAGUAUGCAGGUCAAAGUAAUGGACAAAGUGGUACAAGAUUGUGUGGUUAAUAUUGAGAUCAGUAUAAGAAGUUUAUUUCCAAGAGAAGUAAAGUGCACCAAAGCAUCAAUAUCUGUUGAAGACAUUCAGAAGCCUCCAACAUCGAAUAAAAUAAAAAAAGGGAUGAAGACACCAGCUGAACCUGCAAUUCCAAUAUUAUCAAAAUGUACCCUUGAAGAUAUGAAGCCACUUAACCCAAGAUUGCUUCAACUACAAGUGUAUUCGUAUCCAAAUUAUAAAGAAGACAAAAGUCUUGCAUCAGUUAGUGUUGUUCACAAAAACACUAAACCAGUUGUGAGACGUUCUGAUAGUACAAAACAUAGAAAACCAUCUGUAAAUGCAAAGGGUGAUUUUAGUAAAGCAUUAUCAUGUGACGAGUUUGUAAUGAAACCAGGCGUGAAUACAUUUACGUUGGUUAAACGUGUUGAUCAGCCUGGCUUUUACAAAGUUGGCCAACUAUCAUUAGUCAUCGAAGAAAAAUUAGAGUUUUUGUCACCUAUUUUGAAUCCCCGGUUAUGCUACGAAGUAGCGAAAACACAACCAACAAUUACUUUGAAAUGUGGCAGAGAUUUAUUGGCAGGCCUUAUCCAAGACAUAGAAUUAAUUAUAAUAAGUGGCAGUAUAAAAGUAACAAAAGAUAUGAAGCUUAAGUUACGUACAUCUAGAGGGUUAGUAGUACAAGUUACCAAUUCACAAGAAGUAAUGUGUAAAGAACUAGAAAUAUCACUGCCAGUUUGCGAACCAUUUCAAACUAUACGGUUACAGUUCAAAGUUUUGGCUGAGCUACCACCAAAGAAGGAUGCUUUAUCAAUGGAACAUAAGUUGAACAUACAGUGUCCAUGGGGCAUUGAAGAAUGUAUACCGUUACAUUUUGGUCCACCACUUAUGUCGAAUAUGAAACUUCACACAGCAAAACGAAGAAAAUUUCUUCAAAUAAUUGUAACAGGACUAACAAGACAACUCUUACAAUUGACUGAACCAGAAUUAACAACAGUAACAUCGAUAAAUAUUAAUUUUAAAAGCUUAAAUCCAAUUGCUGGUCAGAGAUUAAUAAUAGGCAAUGGAAUAAAUGUUUCGUUUAUGUGGGAACUUGAAAUUGGCAAAGAUGAGAAAUCUAUGAUGCCUAUAAAGACUGAUUUUCAUGUCAAAUACAUACCAAUCAACGAUGCUGAGGAUUCGCAUACCAAUGAUGAUCCGUUGCAUAUUCAUACUUUGCAAAGAAUGGAAAAAGCAUCUAGUGUUUACAAAUGCAAUUUCGAUAUCACAGAUUAUGUGACUUUGUUUACAGUGUCUUCAAAAGUUGAACCAACCGGAAAUGGAGGUGAAUUUUGUCGUGCUGGUAGCAUGUGCCAUCUUUAUCUCACAGUAACACGUAUAUUACCCAGUCCUACCCCAAAUCCUCCACCUCAAUUAAUGUAUGAAGUUCUUGCCGAUCAAGCCAUGUGGGCUGUAUGUGGCCGUACAGCUGGCAUUGUGUCGUUGGAAGUCUUAGAAAAACAAAGUGUCACAUUGGACGUGAUGCCAUUAACCAGUGGUUAUUUACCCCUUCCUGUUGUUAGAUUGUCUCGAUAUAUUCCAGCAUCAGAGUCUAAAAAUGAUAUUCGUAAGAGCGAAAUAGCUUCUGUUCCAAGAUUAGAACCAUUCAGUCCUGGACAAGUUUAUAAUGCUAGCAAAGCGCAACAAGUUCAUGUUUUACCAGCAGCACCUUCAGAAGCAAAUUAAAACUACACACAAUAUUACAAACAUGUAAUACAUUCAUUGCAUUAGAGAUGCAAACUGUACCAAUGCUGAUUAUCAUCCUUUAUAUACUAUCUGUGGCGUA